GCGGCGGGGGCUGCGGCCGCUGUCCCCGCUCCCUCCGCCGGGAGGCUGCGGCGGGGGCCGCUUUCCAGAGAAUACGGUAAACAUGUCCGCGUCACGUGUGGCCGCCGGCCGCGGCGCGGGGACCGGCCGAGGGGAGGGGCGGGACGGGACACCGCAGCUCGGCAGAGCGGGGCCACUUGAAGAGGCCGCCGGGCGCCGCCGCCUCGCCCUGCCCGGCCCGGCGGAGAGCAUGCCCGCGGCGCGGUAAGGCGGGCAGCUCCGGCACCAUGGGGCUGUGCUACAGCCUGCGCUCCCGCCUGGCCGCCGCGCACCCCUCCGCGCCCUACGGCAGCCGCGGCGAGGCGGACAUCCCCGCUUCCGCGGCGGAUCACGGAGACCCGCAGGUGCGGCACCGGCUGCGGCAGGACCUGGUGGCCAAGGAGCGGGCGGACAAGAAGCGGAGCAAAAGCAUCGACAAGACGCUGAAGGCGGAGAAGCGGGAGUACAAGCAGACACACCGGCUGCUGCUGCUGGGUGCUGGUGAAUCCGGUAAAAGCACAAUAGUCAAACAGAUGAGGAUCUUGCACGUGAAUGGAUUUAAUGCUGAGGAGAAGAAGAUGAAAAUUCAGGAUAUUAAAAACAAUAUUAAAGAAGCUAUAGAGACAAUAGUGACAGCAAUGGGCAGUUUGGCACCUCCAGUUGAACUAGCCCAUCCGGAGAACCAGUUUCGAAUCGACUACAUCUUAAAUUUAGCUAACCAGAUAGACUUUGAUUUCCCACCGGAGUUUUACGAACAUACAAAAACACUUUGGCAAGACGAAGGUGUGAGAGCCUGCUAUGAGAGAUCUAAUGAAUAUCAACUGAUUGAUUGUGCACAGUAUUUUCUAGACAAGAUUGACAUAGUCAAACAAAAUGAGUACACACCAUCUGACCAGGAUCUUCUCAGAUGCAGAGUUUUGACAUCAGGAAUUUUUGAAACCAAGUUUCAGGUGGAUAAAGUAAAUUUUCAUAUGUUUGAUGUUGGAGGGCAACGAGAUGAACGCCGAAAAUGGAUCCAGUGUUUUAAUGAUGUGACUGCUAUCAUAUUUGUGGUGGCGAGCAGUAGCUACAACAUGGUUAUACGAGAGGACAAUCAGACCAAUCGGCUUCAAGAAGCACUAAACCUCUUCAAGAGUAUCUGGAACAACAGGUGGCUACGGACCAUUUCAGUAAUUCUUUUCCUGAAUAAACAAGAUUUGCUAGCAGAGAAAGUUUUGGCAGGGAAAUCUAAAAUCGAAGACUACUUUCCAGAAUUUGCUCGCUACACUACACCAGAUGAUGCAACACCAGAGCCUGGUGAGGAUCCCAGAGUUACAAGGGCCAAGUAUUUUAUUAGAGAUGAGUUUCUUAGAAUCAGCACAGCAAGUGGAGAUGGAAGGCACUAUUGCUAUCCUCACUUCACAUGUGCAGUGGAUACAGAGAACAUCCGGAGGGUUUUCAAUGACUGUCGGGACAUUAUUCAGCGCAUGCACCUUCGCCAAUACGAGUUGUUGUGAUGGAGAGCACUUUUUUCUGUGUUUUGGACUCCUUAUUCCUUAUUAAAAAAAAAAAAAAAGAACCCACCCUUGCCCACAUAGGGUGGAAGAGAACUGUUUGAAUCUCCCAUUGAUUUGCACCCCUCAACUUUUUCUCCUUGCUGGACAAUAGCAGCACUUCUAAGCUUGCUUCUGUACCCCUCGGACAGUUUGAGAUGGCCCCUAACACUUAAAAGGCCAUUUCCAUGAGGAUUCCCUAACACUGUUAUUAACAAAAAAGAAAAAAAUAAUAAUAAUUAAAAAAAGGAAAUAAAAACUAAUUAAUUAAAAGCCCUGAAUGUGGAGCACCUGAGAGAAUUGGUGAUAAAAAAUUGAAACAUAAAACAAAAAUUGGGGAGAGAAAAAUAGGUAAUUUAGCACUGUUGUGGGCGUAAUCAUGUAACCCUUGAUCUCCACUUUGUAUCAUUCACUGCAUCAGACUAAAGAAGGUGCCAAGUCACAGACCAAGUUUGAAGACAGACACUUGAGUUUGGUUCUCUGACUGUAAUGUGGCUUUGAACGGAAAUACUGACAAUUCUACAACAGACCUAGACAGUGCAAAAACCAACUGCUACCUUUCAGAAGGGUAUUUUUAAAACCAGUCUUGGUGGUCUAAAGACAACCAUGGACAUUUAUGAAUUGAACUGCGUAUGGCCUGUGAUUGCAGAAAGAGUUAACCACACACUGUUUUCAGUUUGUCCACUGAUGAUCCCGUCUGCUAUAAAAAUCAUUAUCUGGACUGUAGUCCUCACAGUCUUUCCCUUCUUUUUCUUCUUCCCUCCCCUCAUUUUUUAUUUUACUGCUGGAUUAUUAUUCUUGUACAGACUGUAAAAUGUAUUAUUUUGUACAACUUUAUUGAAAAUAACUUGUAGAAGAUCUUUGUGCCUUGAUUAUGGCUGUACCUGUACAAUGAGCUAAGAUGUAAGUAUGUUUGAUUGCGCUGUACAGCUUUGUCAACCCUAUCUGCAGCAUUAGCUCAAGGUAGGGAAAAUUUAUCUGUAGUUUAGUUUUUCUGGUUUAUAAAAGAAGGAAAAAUACUGUUUAGUAAAAAAAAAAAGAAAAAAGAAAAAAAGGAAAAAAAAAAGAAAAAAGUACAAAUUGUGCAAACUUAACCACUUUAAAAGUGAGGUCUUCAACAAGUGACCAGAUGUUGCAGCAUCAUGCUUUUUAAUUUUUAGCUUUAAUUCAUUUAAAUCUCUAUCCAAAUGCAAAACAUGGCUUGUUUCUACAUAAACCAAAUUUUGCUACAAAUUAUAAAUGUUAGUCUUUGGUCAUUCAUAGUCCUUUUUUUUUUUUUUUUUUUUGCUAAAGACAAAACCAGAACAAUAACAGACACAUAGGGCAUCAUGCAGGUCUGGUGACCAUCUCUAGGCUGGGCCAAGGACCCCGGCAACCUCUGCUCACGCUGCGUGAGCUGACUGCUACCGGCAUGACAAGGUGUGCACUGCCCUUGGAUUUGGCCACUGAAUUCCAGUUUCAAGUAACAUUUUUAUUUCUCUUUUAAUAAAGAGAUACUUUAGAACCUUUUUGUUUUAUAUUAACUAUAUAAGUAGCUUAAAGUGAAGAUGUGUGGAUUUUUCUUAAACUUGAAUAAUUUAUGCAAAUUAUAUGCUUAGAACAACAUGUGGUACAGUAAAAAGAAAAAGAGCAAAAAUCACUGUAGCAAUAAGAGAGCAUGUAAUUUUAGUAACUACUACACUGCUUUAUAUUUUAUACCUAGGUGUUUUAUGUCUCUGUGAGUGUGUUACUUUUUCAUGUGUCUAAACCUACGUGUACAAUUUGUACAGUCAGAAAUUACAGCUGUAAUAACACAUCUAGAACAGUGUUAGCCUAUAUUACUCAAACACCCCUGUUCCUCCUUCAUUUUCACCCCUAAACUGAUCUGGAUCUUACUGCAGUGACUUUAAAAGGAAAACAAAAGAAGCAAAACAAAAACACCAAAAUACUUGCCUCUCUGCCUUUCACACUAGCGUCCCUCCACCCAAGAGACUGUGUUAACUUUCUUUUUUGGGAAGAGGUCCAGUUUAAAUUAAAAUGAGGUUGUGGUCAGUGAUGUCUGUGCAGCUAGAUUUGCUUCAGGUAUCAGAUGCCUUUUUAAUACCAAGAACUGCAACUGUUCGGAAUUUGUGAGGUUUUGUUGCUUUUGUGGCUAAACUUUGAAAUUAAAAUUAAUCACCUGGUCCCUUGUCACGAACAGAGCGGGGACAUGAUGGGGUUCCUGUCCCAGCUCUCUCAAUUCAAAUUACUGGUGAUCUUCCAGAAGAUACUAAAUCAUCUAAAAAUAUUUAGCUGCGGUUGCUACUCAUCUUCCAAAAAUGAUCUUUCCUGUUCACAGGUUUAGACAGUCGCCACCUGAACUUCGCAGACCUGUAGGAGGACAUGACAGAAAAUAACCCCCUACAAUUUAAGAAUGUAUCCAGUGCCUGUAGGUUAAGGGCUGGUGUUUCCACUGGGUAAAAAUGGGACACAUGUAGGGGAAAGGAAAUUCAUUGGGAGCCUUAAUUUUAGUUACAGGAGCCAAAAUCUUUAAUUUAGUGCCAACCCUUAUCUUUUAAAGCCUCAGAGGAGUUGGUGUAAACACCACAUUUAUAAAUGGGAAAAGCCUGUAGUGCUGUGAGGAAUGUCCUCUCUCAGCUGAGAGAAACAAAGCACCUCCAUUUGAAAAGCAGAAAUGAAAAAAUAAGCUUCUUCCUCUGAUAGCGAGAAGAAUCCAUACUGCAGUGAGCUGUGUGAGACAGCAGCAGUGUAAGAAACCUAAAACUUUAUAUGAACAGAAAUGUUUAGGGGAUGCUGGUUUUUUUUUUUUCCUUAAAUGAGGGAAAAGGCAAUUGUUUUGAAUAUGGUUGAGUUGCACAAGUAUGGAGUGUGUGUGUCUUAAUGUCUCAGUAUUGCCUUUGUUAGUCUCUUUAUUAGUCCAUGCAGUUUGGUGGCCUGGUAAAUGCAAGUCUUAUUUUUAACAGCUUUUUUUUUUUUUUUUUAAUACAAAACCAUAAAGCUUUAAUGUUUGCUAUUUAAUAAGUAACUGUGUUUUCUUCUGUCUCUAAUUUAGUGGCCAUAAUUUGCAGUUAAUUGAACCAUUCCAACCUAAUGCUUACCCAUAUUUCCUAGUUUUGUUUUAUUUAUUUAUUUGAACUUCUUGUUUUCAUGAUUGAGGACUUUCACUUCUGUCUCAUUCAUCUGUUUGGAAACUUCUGACCUUACAGCCAAAACUUAACUCAUUCUACUCAGUAUUCAUCGUGAUGCUGAAGUGUAAGAUACCUGCAAAUGUAAACACUACCACUUUUAUUAAUAAAAGCAAAUACAGUGUUUUAGGGCACAUUUGCAUCACUAUAGUUGAGGUUGUGUCAGUAUUUCCAUUGUAAACCCAUAGAGGGUCUAUAUCUUGGCACUAAAUUGCCCUAAGCUAAAUCUUUGCCAUACAAUUCUUCUACUCAAGCAUGAAUUUGGUGGGUUGGUUUUUAAACCGUUUCCAACACAAACUCUUGUUUCUGUUUUAAGUUAUACAACUGUUUUGUUGGAUGGGGGUUGGUUUAAAAAAAAAAACAAAAAACAAAAAACAAAACCUAACAAAACCAACAAACAAACCUGGUUCAAGAUUGUUUUUGGCACUUCUGUAACUCAGAAAUGGUUUUGAUUUUAAAACAUAACCUUUGGCAAGCCAGUAACCUACAAUAUGGUCUGAUCACUUUGGGUAUUUUGUAAAAAUAAUAAUAAAUUGUAGAGAUGUUGUGGUUUAAAAAUCAGCUACUGUGCAUUUGCAGUAACUUAUUUCAACCCAAGAACUUUUAGCAGUUUUUACAUUAGUAAACAUACUCAGCAGCCAGCAUGAUGCAGCGGAACAGUGAUAAGUCCAGAAGGGUUGUGGGGUUUUUAAUAAUGUGGAGAAGUAAAGCCACUACAGACUAAAAAAAGAUUCAGUUGCCUCUGAAAGCAUCAAAACCUGCUCUCAUAGAGGCUGAAACUGGAGCUCUGUUAAGUUGUCCGGAGCAGACUUUGAUGCUAAAGCAUACGAAGCCAUGCUGGGUCAGUUGUCAGAGACGGAAGCCCUGAGGGCUUACCUUCCUUUAUCUAAAAACUAUUUUGAAUCGUGGCCUGGAGGAUAGGAUUUAACUUGGAGUAUGUCAUUAACUCCAGAGGAACUGAAGCUAAUUCUGUUCCAGUGUGUUGCACAUAAUUGAUACCUGCAGGAUAAUUUUCUUAGAGCAGUAAAUCUAUGCACAGAAAUAUUAAUGUUCAUCACUUUACAAUUUGAGCACCUUGUAAUUAGUCAUGGCGCAAUAUUGCUGUAAAUGAUGUGGGAUGUUUUGUAUUAUAUCCUAGUUUCCAAUGUCAAAAAUCAUGUACCAGGAAAAACAAGAGAUAUAAAUGUGAUUACACGGGAAACUGACCACAGAUACGGAGGCAGACACAUGACAGCCGAGUACCAGUCCAGUGCCUUAGUGAUAAUACUGUUGGUGGUUGGUGCUAUACAAAUGUCUAGGAUUGAUAAAGUUGUUUUAAGUUAUAAAAUUAGUAACUUAUUCUGGAAGAGAGUAAGUUCUCUUCUUUCCCCACCUGUAUCUAGUAUGCUAUGUGUAUUUCUAACAAUGCUGGCACUCAAAAGACCUCUUCCAUGGAAGCAGAUGAUAAAAUUCCUACGAGCUGUAAGAAGCAGGAUCAGGGCCACAGAUAACCAUCAGAGGAAAUCUCACAAAAGAACAGGUCCUCAUCCCUAAAAUACAUGUUGAGUUUGUAUAGCGGUAAAAUUACUUACGCGCAAACAUCUGUUUGCAAUCCAAACCCAAAACUGUACCCUUCUUCCUCAGCUUGAUAUUCCGGAAAAAUCCAUCCAUUGGGAAAAAGUCUUUCUGUUCUACAACAACCUUUGAAGUGUCUUUGCAAAUGAAAUAAGCUACAAAAGGGAUUUCGGAACCUCUGCUGAUGAAAGCCAUUACACUGGAAAACCUCUCUGGUGACUGACGCGACAGAAAUUCCGAGAGUGAACCUAUUUUAAUCCUGGUUGUAACCAGUUUGCUUAAAUACUGUGAGUGGGUGUGUUUCAGUUACUAGGUAGUAAACUGCUUUAGAGUAUUUUACUGUAUUGCAGAGAUUGCCGAAACUUCAGCCACGAGUACUGGCUUCAUAAUUAAUUGUUUUCAACCCCGAUUCUCAUCUUAUUAAAAGUUAAAACUUCUUUU